AUGGCCACGCUGCUCCGCAAAAUCGGGCUGAUCCGCCUGCACAACCGGGACACCGAGGACCCCAAACACCCGCACCACCACCGCGGCGGCGGCGGCCAGCAGAGCGCGUCGCUGCGCCUGGGCAAGGGCGCCAAAAGCGGAGGGCACAAGCCCCCGCCGCCGCCUCCGCCGCAGCCGCCGCAGCCGGGGGGCGCGGGCGACGCGAGCCCCGGGCCCGGCAAGGGCCGGCGCGCGGCGGAGCCGGCCCCGCAGCCGGCGGCGGGCGCGGCGGGCGCGGCGGGCAGCGGGGGCCCCCGGGAGCGCGCGGCGGGCGCCAGGGCGGGGCCGGGCCCCGCGGCGGCGGCGGCGGCGGCGGCUUCGGGCGGCAGCCUGGUGCCCGCCGCGCGCCAGCAGCACUGCACGCAGGUGCGCAGCCGGCGGCUCAUGAAGGAGCUGCAGGACAUCGCGCGCCUCAGCGACCGCUUCAUCUCCGUGGAGCUGGUGGACGAGAGCCUGUUCGACUGGAACGUGAAGCUGCACCAGGUGGACAAGGACUCGGUGCUGUGGCAGGACAUGAAAGAGACCAACACCGAGUUCAUCCUGCUCAACCUCACCUUCCCCGACAACUUCCCCUUCUCGCCGCCCUUCAUGCGGGUGCUCAGCCCGCGCCUGGAGAACGGCUACGUGCUGGACGGCGGCGCCAUCUGCAUGGAGCUGCUCACGCCGCGCGGCUGGUCCAGCGCCUACACCGUGGAGGCCGUCAUGCGCCAGUUCGCCGCCAGCCUGGUCAAGGGCCAGGGACGGAUCUGCAGGAAAGCCGGCAAAUCCAAAAAGUCCUUCAGCCGCAAGGAAGCCGAAGCCACCUUCAAGAGCCUGGUGAAGACACACGAGAAGUACGGCUGGGUCACCCCGCCCGUGUCCGACGGCUGA